AUGUAUAAAAUGGAAUAUUCUUACCUCAAUUCCUCUGCCUACGAGUCCUGUAUGGCUGGGAUGGACACCUCGAGCCUGGCUUCAGCCUAUGCUGACUUCAGUUCCUGCAGCCAGGCCAGUGGCUUCCAGUAUAACCCGAUAAGGACCACUUUUGGGGCCACGUCCGGCUGCCCAUCCCUCACGCCGGGAUCCUGCAGCCUCGGCACCCUCAGGGACCACCAGAGCAGUCCGUACGCAGCAGUUCCUUACAAACUUUUCACGGAUCACGGCGGUCUCAACGAGAAACGCAAGCAGCGGCGCAUCCGCACCACGUUCACAAGUGCGCAGCUCAAGGAGCUGGAGAGGGUCUUCGCUGAGACGCACUACCCUGACAUCUACACCCGCGAGGAGCUGGCCCUGAAGAUCGACCUCACCGAGGCGCGAGUCCAGGUGUGGUUCCAGAACCGCCGCGCCAAAUUCCGCAAGCAGGAGCGCGCGGCAGCGGCUGCAGCGGCCGCGGCCAAGAAUGGCUCCUCGGGCAAGAAGUCUGACUCCUCCCGGGACGACGAGAGCAAAGAGGCCAAGAGCACUGACCCGGACAGUACUGGGGGCCCGGGCCCCAACCCCAACCCCACGCCCAGCUGCGGGGCAAGUGGUGGUGGCGGCGGCGGGCCCAGCCCGGCGGGAGCCCCGGGGGCGGCUGGGCCUGGGGGCCCCGGGAGCGAACCCGGCAAAGGCAGCGCUGCGGCGGCUGCAGCGGCGGCGGCGGCGGCAGCGGCGGCGGCGGCGGCGGCGGCGGCUGGAGGUCUGGCUGCGGCCGGGGGCCCCGGACAAGGCUGGGCUCCUGGCCCCGGCCCCAUCACGUCCAUCCCGGAUUCGCUCGGAGGCCCCUUCGCCAGCGUGCUAUCUUCGCUCCAAAGACCCAACGGUGCCAAAGCCGCCUUAGUGAAGAGCAGUAUGUUCUGA